AGGCAGCUGCGCGCCCUGGACGGCUACUUCAACCUCACCAUGUCCUACCGCCGCGACUCGGACAUCUUCACGCCCUACGGCUGGCUGGAGCCCCGGGAAGGCCCGCCCGCCGCCCCGCCGCUCAACCUCUCCGCCAAGACCCAGCUGGUGGCCUGGGUGGUGUCCAACUGGAGGGAGGGCUCGGCCCGGGUGCGCUACUACAACCAACUGCGGGCGCACCUGCCGGUGGACGUGUACGGCCGGGGCCGGCGGCCGCUGCCCCGCGGAACCAUGCAGGAGCGCCUGGCCCGGUACAAGUUCUACCUGGCCUUCGAGAACUCGCAGCACCCUGACUACAUCACCGAGAAGCUGUGGAAGAACGCGCUGCAGGCGCCCGCCGUGCCCGUGGUCCUGGGCCCCAGCCGCAGCAACUACGAGCGUUUCCUGCCGCCCGACGCCUUCAUCCACGUGGACGACUUCCCGAGCCCCCAGGCCCUGGCGCAGCACCUGCUGGCGCUGGACAAGGACGACGCCCGCUACCUGAGCUACUUCCGCUGGCGCGAGACGCUGCGGGUGGGCACCAGUAGCUGGGCCCUGGACUUCUGCAAGGCCUGCUGGCGGCUGCAGGAGGGGCCCAGGUACCAGGCGGUGGGCAGCAUUGCCGCCUGGUUCACCUGAGGCAGCCGGCCCGGCCCCCCGGGGCGACUCACCUGUGGAGACUCUCCUGGG